CGAGCACACAGGUCAGUCACCGCGCCUCACACCCAAAGGUCUCUCCAUGACAUGCAUUGGUGGGCUGUUGGUACGCUAGAGCACAAGUGGGCCCUGCCACAUAUCGCGGAUGGAAGAGGGAAGUAUCUCCGGAUGAUCAUCGAGACAUGAUGGUCAGCGUGGCUGAAAUGGACGGACCAAUGCCGAGGCGUAGUGCGUGGGACAGGAUCAGACCCAGGGAAGGGGGAGGUAGAUCGAGAUUCAGCGAGGAGGAGCAACAUCGGAAGUGAUCUCGCCAUCUUCCAUCCCACCCCCCGGCUAAUCAUGUGCCCCCCUCCCUCUCCCCCGCGGCUCCCGGCGGCAAUUCAAAAUUCGGACCAUCCCCAUGGUGUGAAUCCCCGGGGGGGGGGGGGGGGGGGGUAUUCACCCCUGACUCUUCCAUUCUCCGAAACCACCUCAUCAUGUCACUCACACUGUACGAAUUGACGACUCGGCCUGGCGAGACGGUCAGUUUCUCCCCCGCUGUAUGGAUCACCAAGCUUGAUUUAGCUCUCCUUGGGAUCGAACACGAACGCAAACCCAUCACGUUUAGUCAAAUCCGGAGUGAGCUCGUCAAGUCUACUGGGAACGACAAGGUCACUGUCCCUACCAUUCAUGAUGAUGGAUCGUAUGUGACCGAUUCGUGGGCGAUUGCAGAGCGGAUCGACCGGGACCACAAACUGUUUGGCUCACCAGCCGGUAAACGAUACGCUAAAUUUGUCGAUCUAUCCAAAGGUGCCAUUGCGAGGUCGCUUGUGCCGCUCGUCAUGCCAAAGGUGAGCGCGCGAUCAUGUGGAUCUUCAAAGCUCACGAGGGGUGGUGGGGUUUGAAGAUCUACGAUGCCAUCGAUAAAGACUCUCAGAUCUACUUUCGAGACACCAAGGUUGGACCCGAAACACUCGAUGCGUGGAAGGCGACGACAGCGUCGCAACAUGCCGACAUCUGUGCGUCGAUUCGAAAACUCUUGCAACCUUUUGAAAGCGUGUUAGGCACCGGCGAUUGGCUCUCGGAUCAGGUCAGUCACGCCGACUUUAGCCUCUUUGGCAUCUACGCCUGGUCUAGAAUGGCCCCGGACGUCGUGCGCGACGUGUGGGAGCAUGAAUCCCUUCCCAACAUUCAGAAAUGGAUCAAACGGUUGAUGGACUCUGGCUUGGUCAGGAAACAAGA